CAUAGAGAGUGAGUGGGAGAGAGAGAGAGAGAAGGGGAACACACACACUCACCGAGACACAGAGGGUAACACAGUGUGUGUGGGAGAGACCGAGAGAGGAGAGAGAAAGUGCAGAGAGGACAAGAAGAGGGGAAAAAAAGACAAACGAGAGAAGAGGAUUUAUUGGGGAGCUGCUGUCGCUGUUUCAUUUUUUUUCUUUCUGUCGUUCUUUCUUUCUGGGUGAUAUUUCUCUCUGACUUUCUGUUUGUGACGGCAUCUGGCGUUUGGAGACGGUGACUUCACUUCGUUUCUCCUCACUGGCCAGAGAGACGGAGCGAGAGAGAGAGAGCGAGAGAGAGAGGGGAAAGACAGACGGAUCCAGACGAGGUGGGCUUUGCUGGAGAUGGCGUGGCCCACGGACCGCAGUGUCAUCAGAGCAGCUAGCCCGCCACCCAGCGAGAUCGUGAUGGCCAGACCUGAGGGCACCAAUCAGCUCCCACUUCCCUAAGGCGAACCCCAAACCUCCCCACUCCCCUAUACACACACGACCCCCCCACCUCCCAUCCCAUUCCUUCUUCAACGUCUCCUCAUCAUCAACAGUAGUCCCACCACAUCUGUUUUCACAUUUUGUCAGCCAUUUUCUGGACUACCCCCUCCUCCUACCCCUCCACCUCCACCACACCACCUCCACAUCGGUUGGUGUGGUUAAUGUUGUGGACUCACUUCCCCCCUCAUCUAGUGUGGGACUUUUACUGCGGCUCCAUCCACCAAUCCACCUCUUGGUGAGGUGCAAAUAGCUUUCGCCUGGGUGUUGUGAGUGAGGGGGGCCGCCACUUCUACUGCCACCACCGCCGCCACUGCCGCCACCGCCACCGCCAGCGCUGUGAUCAUGAGGAACUGUCUGAGGCGGCCGGGCCUGGUGCUGCUGCUGGUGGCCUGCCCCCUGCUGGCCGUACUGCAGGGCGUCACCUGCAAGGCCGAGAGCGGGCACCUGGGGGACACCGACCCCGACCGCUGCAUGAGGCACCACUACGUGGAGACCAUCACCCACCCCAUCUACAAGUGCAACUCCAAGAUGGUGCUCCUGGCGCGCUGCGAGGGCCACUGCAGCCACACGUCGCGCUCGGACCCGCUCAUCUCCUUCAGCUCGGUGCUGAAGCAGCCCUUCAAGAGCACCUGCUUCUGCUGCCGGCCGCACACCUCCAAGCUCAAGGCCGUGCGGCUGCGCUGCUCAGGGGGCACGCGCAUCACCGCCACCUACCGCUACAUCCUGGCCUGCAGCUGCGAGGAGUGCAGCUGAACACGCAACGCACGUGUGCAGGUACGGGACAAAAGGGGGGGGGGGGCUGCUUGACCGGGCCUUGGACAGUCAAGUCAAUCCACCGAAACCCACCCACCAAAUACAUGCAAUGUAACGAGGAACCAAAGUCUGGGCAACCCCCUUUUCCCUGGGUUGCUGACAGCCUUGGCCAGGUCUAGGACAAGGAUGAAGUCAACCCACCCAACCAACUCACCCACUCAAUACAUACAAUGCAAUGAGGACCCAAUUCUGGGACAGCUUUGGCCGCACACAGGACAAAGUCAUCUGAAAGGGACCCCCCAGACAAACCCAUGCAAUAAGACAUAAUGUAAUGAGGACCCAACUGUGGGAAUCCACUUUCCUUUGGGCCUGGGACAACGCAUUUGUCUCAUUUGACUCAUUUGUCCCCUCCCACCCUGCUGACUUCCUAACACAUGUGCACUGCACAGAAGACACACACACACACACACACACACACACACACACACACACACACACACACACACACACACACACACACACACACACACACACACACACACACACACACACACACAUGUGUACAUGGUCAUCCAGACAUAAAGAUGUGCAUAUACUGUAAAUGCAUGUGCACACAGAUCCACACAUCCACAUACUGAACUGUAUGCAC